CUCUCUCUCUCUCUCUCUCUCUCCGUUCGUAGUUUUCUAGCUUUCAAGUUCUCUCUUUCUCUCUCUCUAGGAAUUCGACUUGUACCAGUGAAGAUCUACCUUUUCUCCAUUGAUUUCUGAAGCAGAGUAAAACAAGUCAUGGAAGGAAAAACCCUAAAAAGCCUAUCGCACAACUGUGAUGACGCAGUGUCCGAUCAAAAUGUGGGGCCAUCUUCCACUAGCGAAUUAGAUCUGACCCUAGAUACUGCAAACUGUGACGCAGCACAAGUUGAAGCAAAUAGUCAUUUGAUGGAAGAGCAUAACGGGUCGACUGAAACCCAAGAAGUGUCUUCGGAUCAAGAGCACACACUUCCGAUUCUGCAGAAAAUUGAAGAUAUAAGCAACAAAGUACAGAAUUUGAGGAAAGAUCAUACAGUUUUAUGCAGUGAAAUGAAAGGCAUCACUGCAAAUUCUUUUCCUGGCUCUGAAGUACUCAAUGUUCUCCAGUGUCUUAGUACUGAACAUGAAGUCUUGAAAAAGAAGUACCAUGAAGACUGCGAACUUUUAAGGAAGAAGUGCUAUGAACAGUGCUCUGAGAGGAAACGGCUAUAUAAUGAAGUGAUUGAACUUAAAGGCAAUAUCAGGGUCUUUUGCAGAUGUAGACCAUUGAACCAAGAUGAAAUCACUAAUGGGUCUACUUCUGUAAUUGAUUUUGACUCCUCGCAGGAAAAUGAGCUACAGAUCACUUGCUCUGAUUCUUCCAGAAAGCAAUUCAAGUUUGAUCAUAUAUUUAGACCAGAGGACAACCAAGAGGCUGUUUUUGCUCAAACGAUGCCUAUAGUAACCUCGGUGUUGGAUGGAUACAAUGUUUGUAUAUUUGCUUAUGGGCAAACUGGAACUGGCAAGACAUUUACAAUGGAAGGAACACCUGAAAAAAGGGGAGUUAACUACCGGACUUUGGAGGAGUUGUUUAGGAUGUCCAAUGAAAGGAGCAGUAUCUUGAGAUAUGAACUGUUUGUAAGUAUGCUCGAGGUUUACAAUGAGAAGAUAAGGGACCUUCUUGUGGAGGACUGCAGCCAACCUGCUAAAAAGUUGGAGAUAAAGCAAUCGGCAGAGGGAACACAAGAAGUCCCAGGACUUGUUGAAGCUCAUGUUUAUGGUACAGAUGAGGUGUGGGAACUGCUGAAGUCUGGAAGUCAAGCUAGAUCUGUGGGAUCCACUAGUGCUAAUGAGCUAAGCAGCCGUUCUCACUGCUUGUUACGAGUAACUGUCAUGGGGGAGAAUUUAAUGAAUGGGCAGAGGACUAGAAGCCACCUUUGGCUGGUGGACUUAGCUGGCAGUGAGCGCGUCGGGAGGAUUGAAGUCGAAGGUGAAAGGUUGAAAGAAUCCCAGUUCAUAAAUAAAUCCUUAUCAGCACUUGGAGAUGUCAUCUCUGCCCUUGCAUCUAAGACGACCCACGUCCCAUACAGGAACUCAAAGCUUACUCAUAUGCUGCAGAGCUCUCUAGGAGGAGAUUGCAAGACCUUGAUGUUUGUCCAGAUUAGCCCAAGCUCGGCAGAUUUAGGAGAAACCCUCUGCUCACUGAAUUUUGCAAGCCGUGUGCGUGGAAUUGAGCAUGGCCCUGCUCGCAAACAGACAGACCUCACUGAACUUUUCAAGUACAAACAACUGGCAGAAAAAGCAAAGCAUGAUGAGAAGGAAACAAAGAAAUUGCAGGAUAAUGUGCAGUCCUUGCAAUUAAGAAUUGCUGCAAGAGAACACAUCUGCAGAAGUCUUCAAGAGAAGGUCCGAGAUCUUGAGAACCAAUUAGCAGAGGAGAGGAAAACCAGACUGAAACAGGAAACUAGAGUUUUGUCUGCUGUUUCGUCUCACUCUUCUGCCUUGUCAUCUCUUAACCAAGCACAGAAGACCACAGGAGAGAAAAAACCGCCAUUGGGUCCUUCAAGACUUAGGCUGCCACUGCGAAGAAUAACCAAUUUCUUGCCGGCUCCAUCUCCUAUUGCUCCACCCAAAACCAGGGCUUCCCUUCUCCCAGUUUCAAUGGUUGACAAAGAAAAUAUAUCGAGACAAUCAAUGGCUGCGACCAAGGGAAAGACAGUUUUUAAACCAAGACGGGGUUCCAUUGCUGUGAGACCACCUCCUGUGACAAACCAGGUCGUUCAGCCCAAGAGACGGGCAUCCAUUGCGACCCUCCGGCCCGAGUCAACUGCAAACUUCACAACUCCACUCAAUAGCUCUACUGCUCGAUUGAGGAGUGACCGUGUGAUGGGUAGGCAAUCAUUUGUUUGGGAUCCACAAAGGUUAUGGCGUACCUCAAGGGUGCGCUCUCCAUUGCCACAGUUGAAGGAAACAUCAAGUGCUGCAACAGUACAGGUGACACCAGUUGGCCCGAGGAGCAGUAAGUUCAUGGGAAGCCCUCCUUCCCAGGCAGGUUCAUGGAAGCCAAAGCAUCCGACUGUUAUUGCACUUCAACGGAAGCAGUUAGUCUGGAGUCCACUCAGGUUGAGAGGCGUGAAAAAUAACAUGAAAUCGUUAUUGCCCUCUUGAUCACUUUCCGGUGAAUUCCUAAAAGACACAGUUUAGUUAACUUUCCUUUAUUUGUUUUUUUAUUUGAGAGGCAUGAAAAAUAGCAGUAAAUUGCAAAAUCCCCAUUUCUUGUAUUUCUUAUGUAAUGAAGCUUCUCUUUUUAUUGCUUGGCCUUCGUUU